AAGGGUCAAACUUCUGACCAAUCAGCGCAAGCCAGGUCAGAUCUUUCCGGGUAACUUGAAAUCCUCAAACCAGGAAGUGGAGCGUAGCUCAACAAACAUCGUCUUUCCUGUAAGAUUUGGCACGACAAGGGCGUUUUUAACUCUCCACAAAGAUGCGUAAGCUUCUGGUUCUAGUCUUGUUGAUUUCUGUGCCCGAAAUAUGGUGUAAGAAGAAGAAGAAGACGCCUGAAAGCGGAGAGAAAAGCCACCCAGACUUAGGAGACGUGAAGGGCUUACGGGACAGCCUUGACGGCUUGAUGCAGGGGCUCGAGUCGCUAGAAAAUCUUUUCGGAGUGGUGGAAGAAGCGGGCGAUCUGGAAUGUGGUUAUGUCUGUAAAAACGGGAAGAAGCCCAGAAAAAAUCCCCAACAUGUGCCCCGGUCUAAUGGUUGUGGCUCCUUUGGACUCCAGAUGGACACCACCAGUCUCCCUGCAAUGACACGCUGCUGUGACAAACAUGACAUCUGUUAUGACACCUGUGGGAAGAACCGUCAGGACUGUGACGACAAGUUUAAGUCCUGCCUGGACAAAAUGUGCGAGAACCUCAGUACAACUCUCUCAAAAGAUCAAUAUGAGGGGUGCCAGAUGACUUCUCAGCUGAUGUAUGCAGGCACUACAAGCCUGGGCUGCAAAUCUUUCAAGGACGCCCAGAAGAGGGCCUGCAUAUGUGACGAGGACAACGAUUGGCUAGAAAAGCCAAUUAAGACCAGCAAAACAUCUGGUGACCUUUGACUUUACAGGGACCUUCUGGACCCUCUUUAAUGAAUGAAUGAAUGACGACCUUUCUUUUGCACAUUUUUGGGCUAAGUACAGGUCAAAAGAAAACAUGAUGACCAGAUUUAUACAAUAUAAAGCUAGAUAUCAUUAGAUAAGCUCAUGUUGUUUGGUGGAAGGUUUGUUUGAUGAAAGGUUUGUCUAGUUGCAUUAGGAAAAUGAACUUUUCUACAGUCACUGUGCUCAAGUGUAUGAAGUAAGGAAACACAUUUUGUACAAACCUAUACAGUUCAUUUAUAUUGUGGUGUGUACAUAAUUCUUAAAUCGGUCAUUUUUCAAAUACUACUGAUCAUUUUUCUGAAGAGUAUUCAAUUUGAUAAUUAGAGUUGUCUACACACAAAGACUACAUGUAGGUAAUUAGGGCCCGGGCUAGAAAUUCCAUUACUAGAAGUACAGUUUUAAAAAGACAGCAUUCACAUAUUUUCUUGUUGUCUUAUAUGAUCAAAACAUUAAGAUUUGUGUAAAAUACUGCCAAGCAAAGUAAAGCCCGGAGACCUUGAAGACUGUAAAACUAGAACAGGGGGUUUGUACAAGCUAGCCCCAGGCAAUGUAACCUUUGUGUCAGCUGACUUGUCGUGCAACACACCAGUCAUCUGGUGUUUCAACCCAGAAAUCACAGCCCUGAUUUAUUACUAGUAACCCAGUUUCAAACUUUGACUGUUCUUUAACUCAAAAAUACAUUUGUUGUUGAAGAAGUUACCUUGUUAUCAUUGGCAGCUUUUUCCUAUGUCUUUACAUUCCCAAUGUUUUAGAUGGUAUUUUGUUUAAUUUUAAAGCUUGCAAAGGCUAAUUAUAUCUUAGGCCUGGGGACAA